AUCACUCAAUUUUCAAUCUUCUGGCCUGUAGGUUGUGCUUAUCGGAUCGGCUUGCUACGGACAAACGCCAUUUUGUCCUUUGCCUGGAUUACAACAUUUUAAUUAUUAGUGUAUAUUCUCAAAUUUUAAUAAUGAAAUUAACAUAAUUUAAAAAGACUGCAACUUCAUAUAAUUAUAUUUAAAGAUACUUUACAUUUUUACAAAGACAGUAAUCACUGUAGUGAUAAGACAUUUUAUUAUUUGUGAAGGAUUAUGAAUCUAAAAAUUAAGAUUUAUGUAUGUGCUUUCGCAAAAUGUUUUCCACGAGUACAGGAUUACCUAAUUCUUUAACUAUACGCCGCCAUUUUCUAUCACAAAUGUAAGGCGUGGCGCGUGAUUACUACACGUCAUCGUUGCCCAUGUUAAGAGCAGAAAUAAAAUAAUCAUCAUGCCGCGGAUUUGUCCAAUGCAAUUGUUAAAUUGUCUCAGCGUUCUCCUGUCGCCAAAAGGCGGUAUUAAAAGCAGAGACGAAGUACAACGGCUCGCAAGUUUAAUGACCAAAUUUUCAAAGAAACUAGUGUCCAAAUGUAUAUACAUACAAAUUUUAAAGUGUACAGAAACUGAACUACUAGGGCUAUUUAUGGGUUCUGGUGGUUGGCGAUUGGUACACAUGUGGCUAACAGAAAGCAUUGUAGCCAAAAAUUGGCCUCUUGUUAGAGAACUUUUGGAGCUUUUGCUGCUUUGUCCAGUUGACAUUGAAAGACUGAAAACAAAUAAUUGCCCUAAGCUUGUCAAGGAAUUAUCCAAGGAUGGGAACCACUAUGCUAUCAGAGCAUUGGCUUCGAAAUUGGUAGAACAGUGGUUGAAAACUGUCAAAGGUGAACAUGUUAUCCCUAUUUUGCUAUCUGAUAUAACACACAUAAUAUCAGAUGCAGGAACAGAAACUGAACCUGAAGAAAAAAUUGCAGUUUUAACGGAAACUGAACAAAUUGAAUGUGAAAUCAACGGCGAUAAUACAUUUAAAGCCGAGGAUUCCUCACCUGAGUUAUCGAGUCAAGAGGAUAAAGAUGUUGUUGAAAUGCCUAAAGACAAUGAAAAAGAAUCUGAAACACUUCCCGUCUUAAAAAUAACCUUAAAGAAUGGAAAACAAAUAAUUUCUCAAGUUGAUGAAGAUAGCGUUGCAUCUGAUGACGUGUCUGACAAGGAUAAAAUAAGAGAAAAACAUAGAAGUAAAAGUAAAGAAAAGUCUAGUGAUAGAAGUAGUAGUAGUUCUAGAUCUUCUUCUAAACAUUCAAGUAAAUCAUCAAGUGAUAAAUAUAAAAGUAGCCAUAAAAGUAGUUCUAGUAAGCAUAGUAGUAGUAAGGAAAGAUCAAAGGAUAAGGAAAAGCAUUCAUCACACAGUUCAAAAUCAAAACACAACACAAGUAGCGGAAGCAGUAGCAGCGGUAGAAAGACCAGUUCCUCUAGUAGGUCUAAAGACGAUAAAACAAAACAUAGUACAGAAAAGGAGAAGACAAAGGAAAAAGACGAUAAAGGUAAAGCGUCGCCUAAUCCAUCCGCAGAAAAAUCUGACGAUAAAUCAUCCACACCAUCUAUACAUAAAUUAGGAAAAAUACCUAAACUAAGUGAUGUGAAAAAAGAUAAACCAUCCAUAUCGAUUGAAGUACGAAAACCUGAUGAGCCCAAACCCAAAACUGUUAAGACUUUCAAUUCAAAGUUUAGAAAACAUGGGCUGGAGGAAGAAGUGAAGCCUCCGCCUUCGCGCGCAGCAUUGCUUAAUAAGAAACCCCCUCCGCCAUUACCCCCUUCAAUACCAAUACCCAAGAGGCCUUCGCCAGUUCACAAUGAGACUCCACCUGAAAAGAAGAUUAAAACCAUAGACAUGGUUGAAAAACCGGGAGCUAUAAAAUUAAUUCCACCCAAACCAAAGCCUGUGAUGUUGCUCGAGAGUGAUAUGUUCAUGGAUGCACUAAAUGCCUCUGCAACAAAUAAAAAAGAGCCCAAGAAAAGAAAACGGCGUACCAGCGGAUCCAAAGAUGGUAACGUGGCAAAUGAUUCAUCCCCACCUCAUACACCAACUACUGUUGCAAGUCCUAAUAGUGAAAGCAAAUCAGUGCCCCCAAGAUUUUAUCAAGAUACUCUAGACACAGAAGAAAGUAGUAAAGCAUCUCCAGAAAAAAAUGGUGAUAGUAAUGAGGAAACUAAUCUCGAUCAAGAUGUCGAACACAACAAAGAAGAAAAAAUGGAUGUUUCGGAACCCCGUACACUUACAGUCAAUGGAUUGAAAGGUGUCCUUUGUUAUCAUAAAAGAAAAGGUCCAAAGAAAAGCAUAAAAUGGAGACCGGAUUCAGAAUUAGAGGAAAUACAGUAUUUCGAACUAGAUGAAACAGAACGUGUAAAUGUUACCAAAACAUUUACUGACAUGAAAUAUUUAGAAAGAAUUCACGAAAGAGAAGCUUUCCAAAAAGGACGCAAUCUCAGUAAUGAUGAUGUAAUGGAAGAAAGAACAAGUUGGAAACCAUUAAUUUCCAUUGACUUAGAUGGUCAAAUACAAGUUGAAUACGGUAAAAAUAGCAAAGAAAAAGAUAUACAAGCAAUUCGGCAGAAAGGUACAUUGCAGCCACUUUACUUCCACAAAUCAAUGAUUCCCGACUCACCGCAUGAACCAGACGUAGAAACUCACACUUACUCAGAACCAGCAGUUAUACCAUUAGAGGAUGUUACUGGCAAUCAAGACAACAUAAGUGAUUUUCGAAAUAUGCCAUGGCCUGAACCAAAGGGAAAUGCUCCACCUUCAUCAAACGCGAACAUAAAUGUAUCUGCAAUGUUUGCACCAAAUAUGCCGCAAUUUCCUUCAAAUUUCCCUGGUACGCAAUUCCCAGGCGUACCACCAGGGUUUCAAGCUGCACCCAUGGUUCCUACUGAUUGGCCAAAUGGAGUAACACCAAACAUGAUGCCAAAUGGAAUUCCCGGACCGAUGGCGGCGACUGGUCUUCCACCAGGACCUAUUCCCCCAGGCAAUAUGCCUCCUGGAAUGAUGUUGCCCCCAGAAAACAUGAUGAUGGGUCCAGAAAUGUUUGGUGCACCUAAUCCACUUUUCCCAGUGCCACCUGAAGGAUUUAAUAUGCAGCAAAACAUGUUUCCCAUGGACUUUAACAUGGCAGGGCCACAGGCAGCUCCUGGACCAGAUGGUUUUAACGGCCCUGGUAAUUUCCGCGGUGCUAUGCGAGGUCGUGGUGGAGGUGGCGGUGGAUGGAGGGGUAAAGGUGUAGGAAAUUGGGAGGGACCUCAGAGAGGUCGUGGGGGACAUGCGCGUGGUAAUAGAAAAGUUGUGUGUAUGUAUUUCCAAAGAAAGGGUUCGUGUAGGCAAGGUGACAAUUGCACUUUCCUCCAUCCUGGUGUUAAUUGUCCUUUUUGAUGUGUUUGGCUCCUUUAAACAUGCAGUAACCAUGUGUACAAAAUUAUAGGUACAUUAUUUUAAUAAGAUUUAUUUUAAAGACCGAGCCGGUCCAAAUAAGACUGCUAAUGUAAAUUUGUAAAUAAUUAAUGUAAAAAUGUAAAUAUUAUGGUUAAAACUUUUUACGAACUUGG